UUGAUAUCCCUCGACCGGAGGCAGAAGCGCUUGCUGACCUUGUUAUGGACACCUUCCGGACGAUGAAGGCAGAGAAAUUUGUGAUGCACAAUGAUAUACACAUCGACAAUAUUCUUCUGCGAGACUCGGACAGGUCCCCGGUCCUUAUUGACUUUGGAUAGGCCUUGACGAGGAAACCAGGGAUGAGCGAUGAGGAGCGGGAGAAUUCGGUUUCAGCGUCUCAGGAUACGCGCUUUGCGCGUAGGGUUCUUAUGAGUAAAGAUCAUGGGGUGUGGAGAAGGAAGGGCACGCCGGUGCUGAUGAAUUACUAUUAUUCUGCGCUAAUGUGGAACGAAUACGUCGAGGACCAGCCUGAGGAUUAUUGCAGACAGACGUUCGAGAGGGUCCCGGGUACGGAUUGGGAAGGUGCAAGAGAAGAAGUACUGCAGUGGCGCGUCAAGCCGGGUAUUCAGUGCAGAGAUGACUGGGUGUUUAAGGUGGGUUCACUUCAGAGUCAUUCAUACAUCAUGCUGACAGAGCUCAAAGGCGUUCGGCGGGGACCUUGCAUGUCAAGCGUAUCAAAUGUUGUUUCCCAAUGUCGAGGGUCUGCCAUGACUAGAACUCGUGAAAAAGACACAUCGUCUCAUUUACGCAGUAUGUCCACGGAAUUACAGCCUUUGUUGGUUCUCAACGGCAUUAUACCUCUAUGACUACAAAGACUAUCAUAUGGCAGGUCUUUCUUUACGAGCUGCCUACAGAGCCAGUCUUGGGUCGAGUGAAUAUGGUAGUUGAUGCAGCAGUGGUUUGUAACCAUCUACAGCGGCCGAAAUACGUAGAGUAGGAGUAGUACGUCAAGCACUACAAUAAUCCUAUCUAGCGCGGGCUCAACAGCAAUAGAAUCUUGACGUAAAUGGGAGUGAUCGCAAAAACGCGAUGGUCUGCAACGUUUCUU